UGGACUAUUUUUCAUUUUCGUGUCCUUGUGAUAUGCCGCUUUUUAAGGAGGACCCAGCUCAUCUCUCUAAAUCUAGACUGAAGUCAGAUUUAGUUUCUCAUAAUGUCGUGCUGCCACCUGCCAAGAGCACAAAGGACGUUUACGUCGAACUGCACUUAAAACACGUUGAUCAGAAAAACGCAGCGGAUUUUUCUAGCGAUGAGGAGGAUCGAGUACAAGUUGUGGCAGAUGAGGAUCCAGAGGAUUCAGACAUGCCCGACCCGAGUGGUUUGACUGAUGAUGAACUCAAGGCUGCACUUCUCACACACGGAGUUAAAGCUGGGCCCAUAGUGGCCUCCACCAGGGCCUUGUAUGAGAAGAAGCUCAGGAAACUACUUCAGUCUGAUGGACACAGCUGUCUGAAUGGAGCAGAGAAAAGUAUAUUGUACUCUGACAGUGAUGAAGAGGAGGAAAAUGGUGAAGGGCAUGAAGAGUCAGGUUCUGAAGAAAGAGUUGAACAGUCAGACCAGGCCCAACAAGAGGGUAGCCAGGAAGAGUUGUAUUGUCAGAAUGGUUUUGUUUACCCGCAGUGCUUUUUACUCUCGUCAAGGCUGCGUGCUCAUACUUCUAGAAACAGGGAACCUAGUCCCAAGUGGAAUUCAGGGAAUGUGGUAAAAACAUCAGAGCGGAGUCGGCCUCACAGCUCACAGAUUCCCAUAGGAAUUAGUAGAGCAUCCUCUGUAGAUCAACGAUCAGGAUUAGGAUCAGGGGUUGCAUCAGGAUCACAAUCAGUUAUACCCAGUGCUUGCUCAUCAUUUUCCUCUCAGGCCUUCAGCAUCACUCAAAUGGUUGAGCAGAUGGACAGUCGUGGGUCACUCUCUACUAGCGCACACACUGAGAGAGAGUUGAAUGGGAGCAAUGUGCAGCAGCAUUGGUCGCGGUCCAACACGCUUUCUCCGGAGCCCGAUAUUUUCAAGGACAUGUUUCCAGACACUGAGGCCACACCAAUAGGGAUCUAUGUCACUCGUCGGAGACCCAUCAAGGGUGCAGCAGGAAGACCUAUCCAGUAUGCAUACCCAGACACUCCUGCCAGUCCCAUGACCCUGGAGAGACGAGAGGUAGAGCGCUGCCUUGUGCCCAUCCAUAUACAGAUUUUGGUCUUCCUCAUUGGGGCGUGUCUCCUGUACAUCAUUUAUGUUUGUGUUGAGGACAACUCAUUCAGUCAGAUUGUGGCUUUACUGGAUGGUCAAAACCAGGAGUUGGAUGGUGAGGAGGGGCUUUUGCUUCAAGCUGAGACAUAAGAAGACACACCAGUGCUUUCUGGACAGGAGUAACUAUGGGUUUUUUAAUCCUGUACAUUGACAUGAAUGUGUCAGGGUUGUAUUUUUGUUGAUACAAGCAAUUACGAUAUUGUCCUGGGAUAUCUUCAGGCAGCAUAUUACUUUAAACACUUUAUUUUGUUGUUUACUGUUUGUGUCUGUAUGGGAGCAAACCUCAAAGUCCAGUUUCACAUUUUGUAUGUUUUGCUUAUGGAUAUGUUACCACACUACAGAGCUUCAGUUAAGAUUUUAAAGGGAUAUAGAUGUUCUCAAAUUUAAAUAUAAUGCGAAUGCUGUAAUUUUAACCUAAAUUCUUAUAUUGUCUUUUCAAAGAAUCAUUGACACUGUACUUGUUUGUUUUUAUAUAAACUAUUUUUCAAUAAAGGAUGUUUUGCUGU